CCCCACAAAAUUAAAAGGAAAAUAAAAACACAAAGCCAGAAAGAGCGAAGAAAUGGAAGACAUUCAAACGGAGCAAAGGAAAUCGUUUGCAGCUCCACUGAUUUUCAUCCUUGUAUUUGCUUUCCACUUCGUGUCUAAGUAUAUCGAAUCCCAGAAAAAUAAGAAAGGAUACGGCGAUAACUUGGACGUUAAAUUGCGACGCGAAAUUAAGCAGCUUUUGAAGGAGGCCAGCACUUUGUCACAGCCUUCAACAUUCGCUCAAGCUGCAAAACUAAGAAGAACGGCAGCUGCAAAGGAGAAGGAACUUGCAAGAUAUCUAGAGACGAAAGAGAAGGAUAUGAAGUUUUCAGUUAGUGCAUAUGGAAAACACUUGAUGAUAUCAAAGGUAUUUACGUAUUUUGUGCUGAUUUUAUGGUUCUGGAAGAUACCCGUUGCCACAAUAUCUGAUCAACUCGUGCACCCUUUUGGAUGGUUGCUUUCUUGGAGAGCAGGAAGUUCUUUGAAGGACAGUGUUGUGGUUGGAAUCAUACCAUGGUUGAUAGUAUCCACCAGAGUGAGCAAGUUCGUUUGCAGGAAGGUAUUCAAGUAAGAUUUGAUCUAAAGGAUGUUUUGAGUAAAAUGAACAUCAACAGCAGGAGACUACUUAGAUUAACCUGUCAUUAUACUUUUCCCUUUUCUUUUACCAUUAUUUAGAUCAUAUGUUUCAUAUCAUAACAAGUGAUCAAUCAGUUCAAGUAUUUUGCCCA